AUGGCAGUUAGAUUGAGGAAUAUAUUUGAUAGAUACAAAGAAGAUUGGGGAUUUGGUGAAAAUGAUUAUUGGAAUAGGCAAAAUCAGGAGGAACUUCUAAUGACAUUUCAAGAAUUUAUUUGCAGAGACAAAGAUUAUCAACUACAGUCUGGAUGGAAAUUAAGUGAUAAUCAAUAUAGAUAUACAACAAAACCUCCAUUCAAAUUACGUGGACUUGUAUUUGCAGUAUAUGGUAACAUACUAGGGAAAAUUGCCGAUUUUGAAUCAGUAAGAGAUGAUUUGCUUGGACUAUAUUUGAAAAGUUUCUUGUAUGAUGGAGAUAGAUGUAACGAUGAAGUAUAUAACCAAAUUGCAGAUUUUUUUUGGACUAGCUGA